UUUGUAAACAAGAGGAAGUCUAGACUUCCAGCUGGAGCUUUUUAGGGGGCCUGCAGGUCUCUCCACAGGGUGCCUCCCCCUUUCACAAACCUGGCCCAGCGCCUUCUCAACCCGACCUAGGCGUGCAUCAGGAGAACUAAGAGGCUUCAUCAAAAGAAAGGGGUCCUUCCUCCCAGGACAUUUUGGACUUCCCCAUCGGGGGACUGUUUGGUUCAUCACAACUCUCCUGCAGCUUCUCUCUCCAUUUUGUGACCCCACCACAAUGGUGAGGCUGUCCAAACCCAAAACUUUCCAAGCCUAUCUGGACAACUGCCACCGACGCUACAGCUGUGUGCAUUGCCGGGCACACCUGGCCAACCACGACGACCUUAUCUCCAAGUCUUUUCAAGGAAGCCAAGGUCGGGCUUAUUUAUUCAACUCUGUAGUAAAUGUUGGAUGUGGCCCAGCAGAAGAACGGGUACUGCUGACAGGUCUGCAUGCUGUGGCUGAUAUCUACUGUGAGAACUGCAAAACCACGCUUGGAUGGAAAUAUGAACAAGCCUUUGAGACCAGCCAGAAAUAUAAGGAGGGGAAAUACAUCAUUGAACUCAACCACAUGAUCAAGGAUAACGGCUGGGAUUGAAAAGAGAUUGCCAGGGGAAAGAAAGCAGGGUCUUGCCACCUUUGGCUAAUGACAUGUAGAAGGUGGAGCCUAAAAAUCGACAAUUUCCACAAAACUUGCCUUUGCCUUCCCAACCAAUGGGCUGCCAUCCAAAUCACCUCCCGGAUGCAUCUGAGCUGUGAAGGAGGAGGCGGAGCUUCUGCUGGGAGGCCACACCCAUGGCUCAGAUAUGACGCCCUCGUGUGGCAAAAGGAGGCAGCGCACAAGGAGACACCUAGGCCAGGGGCAGUGUGCAAGCAGGGUUUGGGAGGGGGAGGGGAGGAGUGUGGGGGUUUGUUGUACAGAAUGUGUAUUCAAAAACAAUGAGAGUGAUUGUAUAGUGGAAUGGGGAAGGCAGGGGUUGUACAGUAUUUGUGAUUUUGUGAACGUGUGUAUUAUGUAUAUAAAUAAAAGCACUG